CUUCAGAUCCACUGUCCUGAUAAAAUGUCCCUCAUAGAAAACUGUGUGUGAUUGUCUGCGAUAUCACCUCGGUGGAAGCGGACGUAAAAUACAACUAACACUAACUAAACUGUGUGUCGUAUGCCCGUUUUCAUUAGACCAGUCGGAGCAGAACAGUAGGACGUUACGCCCCAUUUCAUUUCAUUUAUCCAUACGCAUGUGUAUUGCACAACACAACAACUUCACAAUAACUGCGUAUACUGAAUAUAUCUAUUUUACAAUGUAUGCGGGCCAUGGUAACGUGCUGUUAGCACGCUCACUGUCGUCAUUGUAACAAGGUUAAACAGCUGAUAUCGGGGAAUACUGGGUUCUGGGAAACGAUACCUAUGUAAUUAUUGGAAACGAGUAACUAUUUUACAAGAACGAAAGUAGAGAGUACAGGUAUUCCAUCUAACAAGACACAAUGGCCGAAUCUACGUCACCUAAUGGAACAGAUGAGGCAUCCAACGGCAGAUCAAAACAUUCUUUGCUUUCUAGGUCCAAAUCGUUGGCGCUUUGUCCUCCACGACACCAACCAAUAUCUUGCCGAUCAAACUCUGAAGGCAAUGUUGAAUUCCCCGCUGGCCAACAGGUUAACAUUGGUAUCACUGGAACUGUAAACAACAUGAUUGUGAACUCUCCAACGUCGUCGACGUCGUCUACAGAAGAUCUGAGAGCAAAGUGGUAUUUGUCGCAAGGGAAGCAUCGCAGUGUUGAAAGUAAAGCUUGCAAAGUUGGAUUGAAGCGUCUCAUGAAAUACAGCUGUUGCUGUAUUGUUGGAGGUCCACGUAGCGGGAAAAAUGAGAUCGCGAACAAGAUAAUAAGUACUUUUAUUGCAAAUAAUAAAACUACGGGUCUAACCGUGGUUCCAGUCCUGAUUGAUCAACCGUCGGAUUUAGGCCGAUUAAACAAAUCCAUAACUGACAACAGUCAUGACAAAUAUCUCCUGUUUUUUAAAGAUAUGUUCGGUUGCCACCGUGUGAGUGAUUUGCCUUGGGAUCGAUAUUUAGAUUUUUUGGAUAAAAAAUUAGAGAAAAAAGUUAUAUCCGUCAUUGUCACGUCCAGAACGAUGAUUUAUCAAAAAUUGAAAUCAAGUUUAAAGUCUAGUUCUAUAUUUCAUAAAAACACUACGAUCUUGCUUCAUCAUAAAGAAUAUAUUUAUACCAUAGCAGAUAAACGAGAGAUGUUGAAAGCCACCAAGGUACCGCUGGAGGAAUUCACAGACUCUGCGAUUAGUCAAAUUAGCGAUAUAGCAUUUUUAGAAUGUCUUAAUACGUAUCAAACAAAGGGAGAUAACAGUGGAAAAGAAGUUGAGAACUUUAAAACACAACAACUGAAUAUAAUUUUAGCUUGGCUUGACGAUCUGCAACGGGGCCCUGAACAACGAAGUUAUAUCGCUCUUUUAGCGGUACUCUUACAUAAUGGUUCGUGGAAUUGGGAUCAACGAUACGAAAUAUCCCCUAGAAAGUGUUCGGUAUUGGAAGCAAUGAAGUCGACAUAUGGUAACUUUGAUCCAGAUGAUGUUCAGAAAGCUUGCGAGGAUUUAACUGGAACAUUUCUAUUGCGUGAUGAUUCUGGUUCGUAUACAUAUAUUGAAGACAUCGUGGGAGUUGCAGUUCUACAUUUAGCUUGGCGGAAAUGGCACAGCCGGAUUACAGAUACGUGUUCUCUACGCAUUAUUCUCGAAUGGAUCACCACAGCGUGUAACGUAUGUAGCGACCAAGAUCGAACGACGCUAUUCGAGACCCUGGCGUGUCGAAUGCAGAAAGAAAGUAGCAAUGAACAGGGAUGCGUUUUAAAGCAUUCAGCUUUUCUGACUGGAUCUUUUCUCAAACCCCUGUUUGAACAUUUACCCCAAGAGUGGAAAUCAAAGAUAUCCAAAAGACUAUUUUUGGAUGCGUACAGUCAAAUCGAUGCCUUAGGUUUUCAGACACUUGUUGAGCACACGUCAUCGUCAUUCAUAGGAAGUUCACCAAACGGCAUUAACGUCAUUGAAUUGGUCCUUCAUUCUGAAGUUGAUAGAGUGGAAAAGUUAGUCAAGUUACUAGAACGUCAUCCUAGUUUACCGAGCUCAAAUCUGUAUGGUAAAGAUCGAACCAUUUUGCAUUACACAGCGGAACUGUGGAAUGCCGAUCAAAUUCAGACGUUGCUGAAAUCCAAUCCUACGCUUUGUGUAUUGUUGAAUAUCGGAGAUACUGCUGGUCAGACCCCAUUUCACGUUGCUUGUUUAGCUGAAAACGGAUGUGACAUAAUCCAUUGCUUACAUGAUGCCGGCGCCGACGUUAACUCCGUUGAUAAUCAGCAAAAAACAGCUCUGCAUCUUGUAACGCAGAAAGGCGGUGACGUAGAAAAGAUCGAGUUGUUAUUAAGAUUAGGAGCUUGCGCAAACAUGAAAGAUGAAAACGACCGCAGUCCAUUACAUUGUGCAGUGAACGCGAAAAAUAUUGAUGCAGUUCGGGUUUUACUGGGGGCAAAUGUCGAUGUAACACUUGAAGAUGAAGAUGAAGACACACCUUUAUCUCUUGCCUGUUCACUUGUUGGAGAUCAAGAAGCCAUAGUUAAACUUUUAAUAGAUCACAGAUCCGAUAUUAAUCAUACGAAUCAUUAUUCUCAAACCUGUUUAUUUCUGGCAACAGAGAGUCAGAAUGUGAAUGUCGUGCGAUGUUUGUUAAUGAACGAUGCGGACGUGAAUUUUCCAUCGGCUAACGGAUCUACGUCACUUCACAAGGCGAUUAGCUCAAAGAAACGUGCUUUAGAACUAGUCAAACUUCUGGUUGAGCAUGGUGCGGACAUUAAUUUAAAGGAUCAACGGGGUGAAACGGUUCUCGAUAAAAUACGUAUACGUAAGGAAUUUCAGAACUUGGAGGCUGUUAAACAUUACUUGCUUCGCUACUGUUGACCAUCAUGUGAAAGAAAACGAAAUAAAAUGGGGUUUAACGCCCAACUGUUC